UCGACAUGAAUCAUUUAAUACUUACUCGAGAUGCUUUAAAUGUUGGCGACAUAAGCAACACAGUAUCCGCAGAAUCUUGUGGAGCGAUAUCAUUGUUUGUUGGCACGACACGUGAUUGUUUUGAGGGAAAGAGGGUGUUGUCUUUAGAUUAUGAAGCCUAUGAACCAAUGGCAAUGAAACAAAUUGAACUUAUUUGUGAAGAGCUAAGACGUCGAUGGCCAGACAUUGUUAAUAUUGCUAUUUGUCAUCGUUUGGGUUUAGUAGGUGUUCGAGAAGCCAGUGUCGUGAUUGCUAUUUCAUCGCCACAUCGUAAAACAUCAUUGGACGCAGUCGAAGUUGCAAUCGAUGAACUUAAGAAACGUGUACCGAUAUGGAAGAAGGAAAUUUACAUUGGAGAUGAGUCUACAUGGAAAGAGAACAAGGAAUCUGGAGGUGGUUGCAGUGACAAAUUAAAUCUGUUUGACGAAAGAAUGUGCGAUAUUGAAGAUUCUCAUCCCCUACCAAGUCAGUUGCUUCAAAUUUCUGCUUGCGAAGAUGAAAUAAAAAGACGAAUCCAAUGUUUUGUAGAAAAGAAACGCGAUGAAAUUGAUUUGUGUAAUAUUAUGGAUUUUACUGAUGUCAAACGACAAAGUCAAGUUAAUUCCCAUCAAGAUAAGAUAACAACUCUACAAGAGCUGGUGAAUGAUAAUCACGAGAAUGAAACAACGACUUGUGCUAGAGUAAAUAGCUCUGUCGUUAAGCAGGAAUAUUCGAAAUGCCAUUUGAAAGUAAGACGGGUGGAAAACAAUAUUGGACCUCAAAUGCGGCCAGACUAUUUAAAUGCACUUGAUAAACUUAUGGCUCCUCUUGAAAGAGAAAAUAUGGAAUCACAAAAGGAUUAUAAAAGAGUUUGCUCUAAUAAAGAAGAAUCUAUAAUGUUAAAAUAUCCGUCAAUCAUGGAGAGAUUAGAAAACAUUGAAGAACACAUUAAUGUGCCACAAUCAAACAUCAAAAGAUUAUAUCAUCGUCUAAAGAUUAUAGAAGAUCGGAUACUCUAUUUGGAGUCAAUAUCACCUGAGUAUCGACACUUUUUGAUUGAAAAGUCUCAAAUUAGAGAUCCAUGCAAUACUUUUGAAACUUUUAAUCAUAUACCGACGACUGGAUUAUCGGCAUAUGAACGGAAAAUGUAUUCCGUUAAUGAAAUAGAUUCUAUCAUACAGGGCUUCGAGAGACGCGAUCGGGAUCAUCAGAAUUCUACCAUAUUGGAUAAUAUACAAUAAUAAAAAUGUUCUUUAGAAUUUUUAACUAUUUGAAAUAGUUUUUUUUUAUUUAUAAUUAAAAAAUAAAAGAGGCAAUUCCACGAAAGGACCUCAAUUCUUUCCAAAAAGAUUUGUAAUUAAGGGUAAAAUAGAAGUUUUAUGUUUUUUUAUAUCCAAUAUACAAAUAUAUAUUAAUUAAUGAUAGUAUUAUGUAGUAAUUAAAACUUCAUUAAAAAUAAACAAUUUA